UGUGGACCUACCUGCUGUGAUGGGCCGGAUGAACAGCGGGCAGUGUGGGGGUGCCAAGAGCGCAAGAGGAGGUCUGGAAGCAUAGGCCAAGUGGUGAAACAGGGCUGAGACUGCCUCAUGAGUUGGGCCUCUUCUGUGUUUUGGUCCCCACCCCCAUCCUCCCAGCAUCAGUGGGAUGUCCCAGGUGUGUCUCCUCUUGGCCUUGCUCAUGCUCUGCAGCUGCAAAAAGGUCUCCUCUGCUAACUCUCUUGAGCUUGUGAAGGAGCAGUGGAGCAGCUACAAGAACCAGUGCCUUGACCACCUCGGUGCCACGCCCCCUUCAACAGGGCUGGUGUGUAACAGAACCUUUGAUUUGUAUGCGUGCUGGCCCGAUGGACUUCCAGGAACCACUGUAAAUGUCUCCUGCCCAUGGUUCCUGCCAUGGUACCAUAAAGUUCAGGAUGGUCUGGUUUACAGAUUCUGCAGUGAAGAUGGCAAAUGGGCACAGAAGAAUACCAGUGAAUGUGAGGACGACCCUGGUGAGCAGCAGUAUGGCCGCAUCCUCACUCAGUUGCGGAUCAUGUACACAGUGGGUUACUCUCUCUCACUGGGGGCUUUGCUGCUGGCACUGGGAAUUCUCAUCUUCUUCAGGAAGCUCCACUGUAUGAGAAACAACAUCCACAUGAACCUGUUUGCCUCAUUCAUCCUGAGAGCUGUGUCCAUUCUGGUUAAAGAUGCUUUACUGACCCUCACACUGGAUCCCAGAAGCAACAGUGACUCACAGGCACGAAGCUGGGUCAACAUACCGGCUGUGAUGUGGUGUCGUGGUGCCAUGGUGAUGAUGCAGUACAGUGUAAUGGCCAACAACUAUUGGCUUCUGGUGGAAGGCAUCUAUCUUCAUAGCCUCUUAGUCAUCACUGUAUUCAGCGAGAGGAAGUACUUCUACAUUUACCUGGCCAUUGGUUGGGGUGCUCCGCUCAUAUUUGUGUUGCCAUGGAUCACAGUGAAAUACCUGUAUGAGAAUGAAGAGUGCUGGGAGAGGAAUAUUAACAUGGGAUAUUGGUGGAUUAUCCGAUCUCCUAUACUUUUUGCUUAUCUGAUUAACUUCUUCAUAUUUAUCCGUAUUAUUAAAAUCUUAAUGUCUAAACUUAGAGCUCACCAGAUGAGAUACACUGACUACAAGUUCAGACUGGCAAAAUCUACCCUGACUCUCAUUCCCUUGCUUGGGAUUCAUGCCAUCCUCUUCACCUUUGUCAUUGAUGAAUCUGUUCCUAAAGGCUCUGUUCUGCGCCUCGUUCGCCUCUUCUGUGAUCUCCUGUUCAACUCCUUCCAGGGCCUGCUGGUUGCCAUCCUGUACUGCUUUGUCAAUAAAGAGGUGCAGUCGGAGAUGCUGAAAAAGUGGAAGAGGUGGAAACUGGGUAAGGACAUUGAUGAGGAGUACCGCCACACACACAGCCAAACGCCACACGUUAAAAGUGGCAGUAUCGCCACUGGCAAUGUGCCCAACACCGGUGACCCAAAUGUUGACUGGCCUCGCUUCAACAAAGCCAACAGCGGCCCGGUUUGCUCCGCUGCAGCUGAGGAGAACCGCAAACUCGUUGUCUCCUUUAGCAACGGGACAGGGAAAUGCAGACCUGCCAAAAGCAGGCACACCCUGCACUUCUCUUUGCAAUCGCACAGAGGCGCCACCAGCAGCACUGCCACAGAGGAUGUGUGUCUGGAAGAGCGCGUGAAGUACCGCUCAUAUACUCUGGAAGGAGAGGAAACUAAUGUCUGACUUCCCUGGGACCUCAUCGCAAAAACUCUCACUGAUUGCGCUUCUUGUUUCGGAUCCGUGCUUAUCAUGUGGCAGUUGUAUAGCUUGAGCAGGAAGAGGAUGAGGAAGUAACAAACAGGGAUCAUGAUGUUCACCGAUUCAGAACAUUGCAGGAAAUGCCACUGAGUCCUGCCC